AUGGAGGGAGGAUGGGAGCGUGAAUGCCUCUCUAUUCAUGUCGGCCAGGCUGGUGUCCAAAUGGGCAAUGCAUGCUGGGAGCUCUACUGCCUGGAGCAUGGAAUCCAGCCGGACGGUCAGAUGCCCAGUGACAAGACCAUCGGAGGAGGAGACGACUCCUUCAACACCUUCUUCAGUGAGACUGGAGCUGGCAAACAUGUUCCCAGGGCUGUCUUUGUGGACUUGGAGCCAACAGUCAUAGAUGAGGUCCGUACAGGAACCUACCGCCUGCUCUUCCAUCCUGAGCAGCUGAUCACUGGAAAGGAAGAUGCAGCCAACAACUAUGCUCGGGGCCACUACACCAUCGGCAAAGAGAUCAUCGACCUGGUUCUUGACAGGAUUCGUAAACUGGUGAGUUUGCCUGCAAUUACUUCAGUGUUUGAGCUCAGGCUGACCAGUGCACAGGGCUCCAAGGAUUCCUCAUCUUCCACUCCUUCGGAGGAGGAACCGGCUCUGGCUUCACCUCUCUGCUGA